GCGCGGACAUAACGUGAAACAUCAGCUGAAUGCCGUCUGUAUAGUGUAUUGUCAGAAUAUUGUGCGUGAUUGUAAAUUAUACUAAUUGAGCAUGGCCGCCCUCAUUUACGCUGGAUUCUAUUUAUUUUUUAGUGUUGAUGAUAUUUUAUAACCUUGCAAGCGCCCUGUGUAACAAGAGAGUGAAUCAAUUAGUUAGAAACAACGCACGCUGCUCUAAACACUAGGACGGGUGCAUAAUGCACAUUGCAAGUGUGUGUGUGAAGUGUUCACAAAUAGUUCGUGCGGAAGGAGAUCAACGAAAUGAUCGCUAUCGUAUUACUUAUUCAUCUUCAGUAUUAUGGUGCUUAGAAAACUAAAGAAAAUUUAAUGUAAUUAUUAUAUAACAUGGAUCCUAUAUUAGAAAACGAAUCAGCCACCGCAGAAUCUCCUGGUAGACAAGGGAAAUCAAAACAGAAGCACAAGAAAAGAAAAGGUCCCUUAGACUCACAAAAAGAAAGUCAGACGGUUGUUGGAGAUAGAAGAAAAUUUGUUGUGACAAAACUUUCAGCAUCAGACGAGCAAGAAGCAAGUGGCAGUCGUUUACCUGAAAGCAAUGUACAUACUGUUCAUUUUGGUACUCGCGGAGCAGAGUCACAGCGACCCCACGUAAGGUCCAUUUUUAAAGAUAAACCGGCUGAAACAUCCAGGUCCGCAAGUGCUGAAAGAGAUUCUGGGUCUAAAAAAGAGUAUGAAACUUUUCAUGGGACAUCGACUAGUCCACGGAGUUCAAUAUUCGAUAUUUUUCGCAUAAGGAGGAAGAGCGAUGCCAAAAAACAUCAAGCUGUUAUGCAAAAUGUUAAAGAACCUCAAGUAUCUAAAGCAGCUGAAUCCCCAGACACUACUAAAGCUGACAAUGCUGAUUCUAAAGAGUCUCACAAAAAGUACUAUUAUACGGUUACGGGAGUAUCGUCUCGAAAAUAUAGUCCUAUUACACGAGUCAUGGAUAUAUUUAGAAGUAAACCGUCAGCAACAGAGCCUCCAGCAGCUGAUUCACAUAAAAAGAAAACUAAAAACCAAAUACGACGAUCGUCUUUAGACACGACAUCCCCUACUUAUCAUAAAAAUUCAUAUGCAGCAUUAGAUCCCCUUCAAGCAAAACAAUUAUUUAGGGAAAUUCGUGGAUUGCCCAAAUAUGAUCCUUACUUGUCUAUCGUUCAAAUAUCUCUUGGAGGACGAGAUAAAACUAGAUUACUAUUAAACUUUUUUAAAUACCACCGAUGUUAUGAAAUUUUACCGAAAUCAGCUAAAGUUAUAAUUUUUGAUACCCAAUUUCUAGUUAAGAAGACAUUUCCAACACUUGUAUCUCACGGAAUACGAUCAGCGCCAUUGUGGGAUUCCAAUAAAAAGUUGCUUGUUGGUAUGAUAACCGUAUCUGAUUUUAUAAGAAUCUUGUUACAUUUUGAAAAGGAAAAUUUGUCGAUGGAUGAUUUAGAAAGUCACACUUUACACACAUGGCGAAAAUUACUACGUGAUACACGAAAACCUCUUUGUAGUAUUGGUCCAGAUCAUUCAUUACAUGAAGCCAUAAAUCUCCUUAUAAAAUACAGAGUGCAUCGUCUACUGAUGAUUGAUCCAAAAUCGGGAGACGUGCUUUAUAUAUUGUCACAUAAGAGAAUAUUAAGAUUCCUAUUCGUGUAUUUAAAUGAGUUCCCCGAGUUAACAUUUUUCCAUAAGAAAUUAACAGAUCUGAAAAUAGGUACGUUUGAAGAAAUUAUAUCAGUAACCGAUGAAACGACUGUUAAAGAUGCUUUCCAGCUUCUUUUAGAAAAUAAUGUUUCUGCCUUGCCGAUAUUAGAUGAAAAUGGUACUCUUUUAGACGUUUAUGCUAAGUAUGAAGUUUUGAAUUUAGUUAGUGAGAAAUUAUACUUGAACUUGUCACUGACCGUGGGUGAUGUUAGGACGAGAAAGAAAGACUGGGAAGAAAAACUACAGAAAUGUCAUUCAAGUAUAACUUUGUAUGAGGCCUUAGAAGUUAUUGUAAGAACAGAAAGUCAUCGAUUACUAUUAGUCAAUAAGGAUACCAAACUUGUGGGCAUCGUCUCUCUGUCUGAUAUUUUAGUAUAUUUAAAUAGGAUAAUACCUUCAGAGAAAAAGGUUUCAUCCCUUCAAGAAAUUUUUAAGCCUUUAGAAGAGAAUAAACUUCCGGAGGCUGCUAAAGAAACAGAUAGUGAUGUUAUAACCAUCGAAGUACCUAAAUUAGAUACCCCUAAUGUACCUGAGGCGACGGACGCCGAACAAAAUGACCCUAACGUUGAAAACGUUGGUUCUAUUGAUGUAGCGAUAAACGAAAACGAGAAAGAGACUGACGCAGAUGAUGCUAGUCCCAAAAAUGACUCAAAUGUUGUCCCCCACUUAAAUAAUGUAGAUGAAACUAACGAAUCGCAAGUUAAUAUUGUAGAUGAAAAUAACUAGUAAUUUUUUAAACCCAAAGAUAUUUAAUGUUACUUAUAAAACAAUUUAAUUUAUAACAUAUAAUUAAAUACCGUGUCAUGCUUUUUGCUUGUAUCUUAAUAGUUCGACAUUAAUAAAGGUAUAUAACAUUGUCUACUUAUAAUACUUUGCAUUAUUCACCGUGCGAGGGCCUUAUUUGUAUAAUAACAUUAUUGCUAAAUUUCAAUAAAAUAUUUUGGCAGAUAUCUUACUUUCGUCAUUUUCUCUUGUUUGGUUAUAAAAAAUAGACAUUUUAAGCACAA